CUCUCACUGAAGAAGAUGAUUCAACCGACAGCCCACAAGAAGUCCACGAUGCACGAUGCUAACACUACUACUCACUAGUCUCGAGUUCUAUCGGUCUCGAUCACCACAAAGCUCCAGGGACUACUACCGGACACCUCGCUCGCCACACGGAAAUGCCUCGAACGACGAUCCCUCCCUCGCCUGGCAGUGGAACACGGCCCGCCGAGUACAAGCCCUCCAGAACCGACGAUUCGAUGCCAUACGACGCUGGCCAUACGGAAGAAUCUGAUGAUUGUUUCGACAGAGUCUGGGACGAUGCGAGAUUCCGGAACAAUAUCAUUGCAGCCUUCAGUAGGAUCAUCGAACACCGAUGUCCUAAAAAGGACGUCAUCUACUUGGGCCACGUGAGACGUUUCCAGCACCUUAGGGCUUAUGGGGACGAGGUCAUCGACGAUCCGAGUUCGAGGGCUCGUUUGAGCUAUCGUUCGGCCUGCAAGAGAUAUAUUCGGGGAGUGUGGGCGGCCGAGGCGAGACUGAGCGAUGAUCCACCUCGGUCCCCGACGUCCGAGGCGGCCUCUGAAGGGACCUCCUCGCACACUUCGACGUCCGAGGCGUCUAGCGAGUCUUUUCAUUCCAGGCCCUGGGACCGGGAAUCAUCAACAAGCCGAAGAUUACUAGAGACGCUCAUCCACAUUCCCAAAGUCCCCGAUCUCAUCAUCCACGGCGGAGAACUCGAUCGAAAGCCAGGGUCUCGCCGGAGAUACCGGUACGUCUGCUUUGUCGACAUCAGCCCCGGGGACGUUCCCUUCUCCGAUGCCAAGAGACACGUCACCUUCUUCCUCCAAGCGCUCAAAUAUGCCGUGUUUGCGAGGGACAUGCAAGGGUCUUGCCAUACGUUGCAGGUGGUCGGGAUGAGGUUUAAGAGGAUCGUCUGCGAUCGAGCGACGAACGACGUGUACGUGGACGUCGGGAGGACGACGAUGACGACGAACAACAACAACAACAACAACAACAAUGGGCAGGAGGAUCUCGAGGUCGUAGACAUGUCCCUGGGCGAGCUGAUUUACUAUGGGUUCGUCGAAGGCGCGAUCCCGAUCCCCCCGGCACCGAGUGGACGAACAUCCGGACCUGCGAUGAUGGCCAACAAGGACAAGUGUCCCGACGAAGCUAAAGCACCGGUAUCGACCCCGACCCCGGACUCGGCACGAAACCUGUUCUAUCACCUAUCCAAGCCCGACCCCUACCCGGACCCGGACCCGUCAUCCUCUAACUCUAACUCCAAAAAGAGGCCCCAGUCCGACAUCGACGCGCGACACGCCCUGUUCUCGUUUUUCCACCACAUGGGUCGGUCGCACUACGACGUCCUCCGGAGUAAGGUAGACAGGACUCUUUCUUCGGAGGGUCCGUUACCAGGACUCACCGGCAAGUGGGCAAGGGUGCGCGAUGUCACGCUCUUUGACCUCGGAUGGGCGGUCGGGGCGGUCGGAUCGCGUUGGUCGGACCUUCCUGGCGACAUUCCUAACCGGGCGAUCGAUCUGAACCCUGAUGGGAACGGGAACGAGGAUGAAGACAUCGACGCGGGUAUAGAUUUUGAACGAGACGACGACUACGAUUACGACCCCAGGGCGAUCGAAAGGCUCCGAAAACAGUGGCUAUCAGAGCAAUCCAACUACAAGCCGACGAUAUCGGGUGAAGAGACCACGGCUCUCGCGUCGGCAUCGACGUCGAACGUGAUCUCGGGAGCUGGAGCUGGGGCUGGGGUCCAAAUUCAAACUCAAACGAUGGACCAAACUGGAUCUGAAGACGCACCCGGCGAACGCGCCGUACCGGACACGGACGAGAGUUGGGACGCGGUGGCCGCUUUCCAGCGUGAGCGGAGGGAGAGACGGGAAGAACACUUGAGGCUGUACGAACCGUUUACCAGGGUUCCUUGGUGAUACCCUGUACCCUAUGGCCUUUGACGGGCGGUGUGGGCUCUUUUGGUGUUCAGUCUUGCACUCACUGGAGGUGAAGGUCGGGUCGGACCGCGUCAGUCUCCCCCCGAACGAUCGAUCUCUUAUGCGACUGACUCGGGAAACCGACAAUUUGAAGGCGGACGAGCCUGAAGUCGGCUAUGAACCAGAUUCUCCUCGGCACCUCUUGUAAUAAAUAUAUCCCCCGUAUGAUAGCUACGACAGACGUGUUCAGCCUGG